AUGGCCCGGCGUGUUGGCUGCCUGGCCGCCGUGACUGGCUGCGUGCCUUGGGCCCCUUGGGGGCGGACGCUGAGGCUAUACGACGCUGUACAACCGCCUGCCCUCGCCGCAGGACUCAAAUACGAGGCCAGCAGUCCUCCAGAUCGAUCGGGCCUGCCUGACCAGAGCCUCGCUGCCAUGUCGCAGGGAUCCGACGUCGCCGUCGUGAAGAAGCGCACGCGUGCCAGCCGGCCCAAGGUGCGGACGGGCUGCAUCACAUGCAAGGUUCGACACAAAAAAUGCGACGAGACCAGACCGUACUGUCUCCGAUGCACCAGCACCGGCCGCAAGUGUGAUGGCUACCAGCAGCUGCCAACCAAGAAUCGCUCUACGAAUACUGCUGCUGUUGCUGCUGCUGUGGAAUCUUCCUAUGCUCCCUCUGUCGUCCAACGGAGGACGCCGCCAAUGGCAGCGUCGUCAUUCUUACCAUCGGAUUCCUCUUAUAUGCCUCCUGUAGACGCAUAUGCCACCCCUCUCCUCCACAGCUCGAUCCCGGCCAACCCCUGGGACCUGACGGAUCGCGAGCGCCGCUACCUCGACUUCUUUCUCACGCAUACCGCCGUCCAAUGCGCCGGUUAUUUCCACGACGACUUCUGGUGCCGCCUCGUCCCGCAGGCCAGCGAGGUCGACCCGGCCAUCCGACACGCCGCCAUCGCCCUGGGCGCCCUCCAUCGCAAUUUCGAGAGCAUGGCCUUCGACAAGACCCUCCGCGACGAUGCGUUCCCCCUGCAGCAAUGCAACAAGGCCAUCGCCCUGUUGCGGCACCAGCUGGCGAGUGGCAACCGCCGCAUGGAGACCACCCUGGUGACCUGCAUCCUCUUGAUCUCGUUCGCCUUCCUCCAGGGCGAUGCCAUCACGGCCAACUCCCACUACCAUGUGGGCGUUCGCCUGCUGCGAGAAUGGCAGCAGAGCGGCAUGCUGGGGUCCGGCUCGACGUAUUCGACCUUGGUCAAGCUGUUCGCCCGCAUGGAGUUGUACCUGUCGACGUUCGCCAGCAUGGACGACGAUGAUGUCUUCGCCGCUGUUGCCGGAGAUGAGGAGCCGGUCCGCAUGAGCUUGGGGAGCAUCGACAUCCCCGCGCACAUGGACAGCCUGGACCAGGCAAGCAGUCUGCUCUUCAGCCUCAUCAGACACGCCAUGCAGAACGAGCAGCGGCGGCUGUGUCGGUCCCCGCAGGCGCGCCAGCUGGGCGACGACGUUCGAGCAGAGGUGGCCAGCAAGCUCGAGCAGUGGAACCGCGCGCUGAACAUCUUCCUCGAGCACCACGCCCUGUCCCUCUCCGCCAAAGAGACCCGAACCGUGAUCGUGCUCCAGCUCUGGAGCGAAACGGCGUACAUUAUGAACGCGGCCCACGACCGGACAAGCGAGAUGCAGUUCGACGCGUUCGAGCAGCGCUUCCGCCGACUCGUGCGGCUGGCCGAAGCCCUGCUGGAGCCGGGCUGUCUUCGCGGAGGCGUUCGAACGACGUCAGCCGCCGCCGCCGCAGCAGCAGCAGCAGGCAUCCCGACCUUCUCCGUCGAGACGGGGGUCAUCCCGCCGCUGUUCUACUGCGGCUACAAGUGCCGCAACUGGUCGAUCCGGCGGGAAGCGCUGGCGCUGCUGCGCCGGUGGCAGCGGCAGGAGGGCAUGUGGCAGACGCCCGGCGCGGCCAUCAUCCUGGACCGGCUGAUCGCGAUCGAGUCGGAGGAUCUGUCGCCGGGCGAGACGGUGCCUGAGUCUGCGCGCAUCCUGACGGCGCAGAUCAAGCUGUUGCCCAGCAAUCCGCAUAUCCGGCUGCGGUACUGUCGGUCUAUGAAUCCGGACGGGACGAAGAAUUGGCAGACGGAGUGGCUGUCGCAGCAUAUAUACUAG